GAAGCAUACAUAAUGCAUUUAACUCUUUAAAAAAGCUCUCACUCGUCUAAUUUAGAUGAGCGGAUAUGAACCAAGCCUUCAUAACAAAGGCGUGAGAGUAUAAACACCGAUGGCCGGAGAAGAGAUUGAAGACGCUGAUUUAUUCGGAAAGCUACCUGAGGAAAUCAUAGAAGAAGUUGUUUCGCUUAUUGGGCCUAUGGAGGCAUGCAGGCUCUCUGUGGUGUGUAAAAGGUUUCUCUCGGCGGCGGAAUCAAACACCGUGUGGGAGAGAUUUUUGCCCUCUGACUAUCAACAAUUUCUUGAUCGGGCGGAUUCUUUACCCAACAUCAAAUUUGCUCACAAGAAAGAUGUCUUUCUCUUUCUCAUUGGUAAUCAUGUCAUCUUUGACGGGAAUACUCUGUGCUUCUGGUUACACAAGAGGAGCGGUAAGAAGUGUUUCCUUGUAGCUGCUUCAUUUACAGGUGGUGUUGAAGAAUAUUUCUUGAAUCCAGGCUGGUGUACAAGAUCUGAAAAAUCAAGAUUUCAAAAUCAAAUUACUGAAUGCAACAAUCUUUUAUUGUUUGAAAUUCGCGGAAAGAUAAGCACCUGCAUGUUAUCACCAGAUACGACCUAUGCAAUCUAUCUUGUCUUUCAUUCCCCAAUUAUUGAUGAAUAUUUUAAUGAACCUGUUGAAGUUUCCAUAGGGAUUGAUGGUGUGGAAAGCAUUAAACAGAAUGUUUGUUUGAACCCGCAUAAGAUGAGGUCAGAAGGGGAUGAUGAUCUCCAAUAUCCGCAACAGAGAAAAGAUGACAGGUUUGAAGUUAGAUUAGGAGAAUACUUUAACAGAGGAGGGGAGGAGAUGAAUUUGGAGAUCACUAUGACAAAAAACAGUGAGAUUCCUAAGACUGGACCUGGUGUUGAAGGCUUUGAAUUUCGACCAAAGGGCAGCUAAUGCAGGUGUGCAAUAAAAUGGGGAUUCCGGAAGCAGGGCCAGGAAGCUUAUAUCUCACAUUGCCAAAUACGCUAGGUUGUAAUAUGUAUCUUUUAAGACUGAAUACCGACAAGGGUCCGAAGUUAGCAUGGUAACAUGCUUUCACAAUCCAGGAAACAGGAGUUAAUUAAAAAGCGUUACUGAGUCCGUACCCACUUAUGCUAUGAGUGUUUUCAUCUUACCCACCAAAAUCUGUCAGAGAUAUGAAGAGAUUGAUGGGAAAAUUUUGAUGACCAACCUGCUGCAUCAAAUGGAAAGGGUGUCCACCGGAUGAGUUGGAACUGUUUGUCAGUUCUUAAGUACAGGGGUUGCACGGGGUUCCUAAAGUUGAAGGACUUUAAUUUGGCACUUCUUGGAAGACAAGGGAGUUUAUUGUAUAGGAAAGGCUCAUUAGUUGAAAUUUAAGGCUUGAUAUUACCCUCAAGAAUCUUUUAUGAGGGCGAGGUUAGGGUCCAAUGGAAGCCACACAUGGAGUACUACUUGGGAAGAUAGAGACUUU